AUGGACUCAACCGUUGAUAGCCCAUCAAAGAGCGGAUUGUCGCUCGUUUUGCAGAAUCCCUACUUAUGCGGCGUGGCGUCGUUCUCUACUCUAGGCGGCUUGCUGUUCGGCUAUGACCAAGGCGUUGUCAGCGGUGUUAAUACCAUGGAGUCAUUUGGGGCUCGCUUCCCACGUGUAUUUUCUGAUAGUGGGUUCAAGGGAUGGUUUGUUUCGACGCUUCUACUUGCCGCCUGGCUUGGAUCUCUGAUUAAUGGACCUCUGUCUGAUCGGGUUGGACGGAAGGUUUCUAUAAACUUAGCCGUGAUUGUUUUUGUGAUUGGCUCUGCUAUUCAAUGCGCAGCGGUGGACAUCCCAAUGCUUUUUGUCGGUCGAGCAAUUGCAGGAUUAGCAAUCGGGAUGCUUACCAUGGUGGUGCCGCUUUACAUCUCUGAGGUUUCCAUUCCAGAGAUCCGAGGCAGUCUUGUUGUGAUACAACAAUUAUCGGUUACCAUUGGCAUUCUGGUCAGCUACUGGAUUGAUUAUGGCACCAACUACAUCGGUGGUACUCGCUGUGCCCCGAAUAUCCCCUAUACCGGAGGAACGGCUUCCUCCCCCUCCUUCGAUCCGUAUCAGGAUGUACCUUCUGGUGGCUGUACCGGCCAGUCUGAAGCUUCUUGGCGUUUCCCGCUAGCUCUUCAGAUUGCUCCAGCAAUAAUCUUGGGCAUCGGAAUGUUAUUCUUUCCAGACUCACCGCGAUGGUUGUUAAUGAAAGAGCGAGACGAUGACUCACUUGCUGCGCUCUCACGGCUGCGUCGCCAGCCUCGCGAUAAUAUCGCUCUUCAGAAUGAAUAUCUAGAGAUUCGUGCAUCUAUUAUGCUGGAAAACUCGUUCGCUAAGGAAAACUUUCCCAAUCUAUCGGGCUUCAAACUUCAUGCUGCUCAGUACAUGUCAAUGUUGACCAAUUGGGCCCGAUUCCGAAGAUUAGCUAUUGGUUGCAUCGUGAUGUUCUUCCAGCAGUUUAUGGGCUGUAAUGCAAUAAUCUACUAUGCACCUACAAUCUUUGCUCAGCUCGGCCUAAGCGGUAACACGUCAUCUCUCCUCGCAACGGGCGUAUACGGUAUCGUGAAUUGUCUGAGUACACUCCCAGCUCUGCUUCUAAUCGAUAAGGUUGGACGCCGUGUUCUACUCAUGGCUGGUGCCACGGGGACUUGUAUCUCGCUGGCUAUUGUGGGUGGUAUCCUGGGAAGUUACGGGUCCAGCUUGCCGGAUCAUAAGUCUGCUGGAUGGGUUGGUAUUGCGUUCAUCUACAUCUACGAUAUCAACUUCUCGUACUCCUUUGCUCCAAUUGGUUGGGUACUACCUUCGGAGAUAUUUAAUCUCUCUAUUCGGGCUAAAGCCAUGUCUAUCACAACAUCUGCGACUUGGAUGUGCAACUUUAUCAUUGGACUUGUAACCCCGGACAUGCUUGAUUCAAUCACAUAUGGGACUUACAUCUUUUUCGCCGUUUUCUGUCUUCUGGCGCUGGGAUUUGUGUUUUUCUGUAUUCCUGAGACACGAGGAAAGACACUUGAGGAUAUGGACCUCAUCUUCGGAGACACCGCUGCGCACGAAGAGAAAAAGCGUAUCAAGCGCAUCGAGGCACUCCUGCGUGGGACUCCUGUUGCUAACGAUGAUGACUCUUUGAAACCGGCAGAUGAGCAUGCAGAGAUUGCGAAUGAUGCAUAA